UUCUCACUUUUAUGUUGUGUUUUUAUGCUCUUCACGUUUUCGCCUUUAGAGGAGAUUCUUUAGUUUUUGCUGUUGCUCUUCCAAUUCUUGCUGGAAUUGCUAUUUAUGCUGCUGUUAACUGGAAUAAAUUGGGAAUUUUUAUGAAUGAAUGCCAUGCAGAUAUAAUGGCAGCAAAUCUCUCAGUAUUGCAUACUAAAGGGGGCCAAGAAUAUUAUAUGAAAUUUCUUAGCAGAAACAGAAUAUUACGAGAUUUGCUUAGUGGAGGUGACAAAUUAUUUAGCCCUAUUGGAGAUGUAAAAAGGUCAAUUGCCAAAUAUGUUAAUAGAUAUGAUGGAAUUAAUGAUGUUUCGAGUAAUAAUGAUCAAUUAACUUUGUCUAUUUUAGGGGAUGAUUAUUCUUGA